CAUGUCAUAUAAUAUUCAUUACAAUUUGAUGAGAAAAAUUCUCUGACAGAGUUGCUUCCUAUUGACUUGAAAACCAAGAGAAGUAGAUAAUUACUUGCCUGCAAUGCAAAGCUAGCUUUCUAAAAGGAAAUUACUCUUCUUCCUCCGUAAUCCCUUUCAACAGAAACAGUGUUCUUCAUCAUUUUUGCUCAUAAUAAUAUUUCCAGAUUAUUGUAGAAUUUUAAAAUUUUCUUGGGGGGAUUACUCUUCUUGAUUCUGUUCUCCAUUCAGGGUUAUUGUACAUCAAAAUAGUCUACACAAAGUGCAAAGCUAGAAAAUGGCAUCCCUAACAGCAGGGGUGCUAAUCAAGCUAUUACAGAACAUAGAUUCCAAAGUAAAAGUUCGAGGGGAGUAUCGAUCAGUUCUCUUACAAGUGAUCAGCAUCGUACCAGCCUUAAGCGGAGGAGAAUUAUGGCCCGAUCAUGGUUUUUUCCUUAAGGUUUCCGACUCUUCACACUCGACAUAUGUGUCUUUAUCCAAGGCUGACAUUGAGCUCAUCCUCAAUAACAAGUUACAAUUAGGCCAGUUUUUCUAUGUUGAUCGUUUAGAAGCAGGAAAUCCGGUCCCUACUCUAGUUGGGGUUCGGCCUCUCCCUGGUAGGAACCCGUUUAUAGGCAAUCCUAAGGAUUUGAUGCAGAUUUUAGACCCGUCUGAAGGCCCUAUAAGUGUCGAUUCACACAACGUUAGUAAUGGGUGUAAUUCUAGAGCAAUCAAGGUUUCGGAGACUAAGGUGAAAAGUUCGAGAGUACAUAAGUUUGUGAUCAAAGAAGAGAAGUCGGUGGUUUCAUCGAGGUACAUGGAAGGUGUGCUAUCGACUCAUCAUAGGGUUAGUAGCACGGAUUCUAUCAAUGUGAAGAGUAGUGAUACCGAGAGCAUUGGCAAUAUUAAGGUUGUGACUUCAAAGUCUAAGUUACAUGAGCCUAAAGGUCAGUGGCAGAGUCUCCCUGUUACUCCUUGCAAUAGUCGUCCGGUGAGUCCUUCUCGACCUCGUCCAACAACACCUUCUCGGCUGCGCAAUACAGUCCCCUCUCGCACGCGUCCUGUGACUCCUACUCGCACCCGUCCAGAUACUUUUCCGGCAAAGGUUGAGUCUACUAGGGAGGCGUUACAAACUCUUAAGAUCACUACUAGAAAAAGCAUCACCAAACAAGAAAAUAUUAACUUGAAUUGCUCCACUAAUAGUAAAGAUAAGACACAAACUCAAUCUUCUGAGCCAGCAUCCCCUUGGAAUUCACUUCCAACUAGUCUUUUGAAGCCUGGAAAGGUAAUGCUUAAGAGUAGAGACUUGGCAUCCUUAGUGGCAGUCGAAGCUCAAAAAGAAGCAACCGCAGCAGCAAUUCUUGUCAAGUGUAUAGAUAUGUUUGCUGAUCUAUGUUCCUCUGCAUCUCCCACAAGUCCACACAUCGCUCUAUCAAAGUUCUUCGCGCUAUACCAAGUCAUCGAUCAACCAAGCUCGUCGAAGGAAAAACUUCAGCUAUUACAAACCAACGACAAGCCAAGUACAAGACCGCCGCCUCCACUCAAUGGGAAAAACAUGACAAGAUCACCUUCAAAACCGCCACAACCUGCAGAACAACUAUUAAGCUUGGCAGAUAGGUUUGAAUGGUCGAAAGGGCAUGGAACAAAUGACAUAAAAGAUGUUCGAGAAAUGUUACUACACGAAACACGAUCUUGGUUCUUAAAGUUCUUGGAUGCCGCACUCGAUACUGGUUUUCGAGUUGAUAAAAAGAUCGGUAAAGAUCAUAUCGGAAGGAAAUCGUUGGAGCCUAAUAACCACAUUGCGGUCACACUGUCACAACUUAAGCAGGCUAAUGAAUGGCUAGAUAAACUUAAAGGAAGUGUACAUAAUAUUAGUGCACAAAGUAAAGAUUAUGGGGUUUUAGAGCGAGUUGAUAAGCUUAAGAAGAAAGUUUACGCGUGCUUGCUUGUGCACAUAGACUCCGCUGCAUCUGCUCUAGAGAGCAGAUCAGAUCGUAAAUCGUAAAUGAGUGAAAUAGAUAAUGAAGAUUUGUAAGUUAAGAUUAGUUUGGUAUUCUAAUUUAUUUAUGAAAUUAAUCCCCAUGAUAUGAGGGAGAGUAAAAUGGAUGAUUUGGGAUGUUGUAAAUUUAAAUUAUUGAUUGAUUUUGGAGUUAAAUAGAGGUAGAUUUUGAACAAAACUAAUAAUAUUGAUCAUGAAAAAUUU